AGACUAGCGGCCGGAGAUUAAAGCAAAAGAAUUGGGCGAUGAUAGCAAUGAUCAGCAUUGCUGACGCAACUUGUGUUAAUACAGCAGGUAAGUCAAAGCACCCUUACGGGGGCCACCCUAGUGGGGGCCACCUCAAAAACGCGACGCGUUCGCGAUGAGGUCCACAUACGAAUUAUUAUAUAAUUUCAUCAGUUUUUAGUCAAUUAAAAAAUAAAACUUAUCAUUUAAAUCCUCAUCUUCUCACGAUUCUAAAAUGCCUACUCUCUCAGCCCAAUUGCGUUGCGCUGCGGCGAUAAACGACGUUCUCGACGGCGCAUCCCUGCGGCAGGCGUCUAAAAAACACCUUAUAUCACGACACUACCUUACGGACCGAAUAUUGGGCCGUAGAACACGAGACGACUAUCUAGAGGAACGUCAGAAGCUAUCGAAGUAUCAAGAAAAGGAAUUAGCCGAUUGGGCCGUUACGUUGAGCCGUAUUGGCCAUGCGCCUCCCUUAUAUCGAUUUAGAGAUAUCGCGAGAAGACUAUUAGCCCACAAUCACCGGCCCGAUACCCUCGGGCCUGUUUGAUCGAUUAUAAACGAGUUAACGGGGCUAUAGCUGAUAAUAUUAAUAUCUUUUUCGACCGACUCGAGGCCCCUAGGAUCAAGAAUAUCCUGGCCAGGCAUACGUACAGCGCUGACGAGAUGGGGAUCAUGGAAGGGGUUGGGGACAACGGGAUAGUCAUCGGCGAGGCCUAUAAGAAGCGUAUCGUGGUUAAAAACUGUAGCAAUAAAACCUGGACGUCGAUUAUUAAGUGCGUUAGUGGCGACGGCCGAUUUCUGAAUCCCCUCAUUAUAUAUGCAGGUAAAUACGUACAACAACAGUGGUUUCCUGACGAUGAGGACGUUAGAUUCAAGGGCUGGAAGUUCACUACGUCUCCUAAUGGCUGGACUAAUAAUGAUAUCGCACUUGAAUGGCUUCGUAAGGUCUUUUUAAAAGAAACGAGGCCAUCAAAUCGUCAGCAAUGGCGAUUACUAAUCCUCGACGGCCACGGUAGCCAUACCACGAUAGAAUUCCUUUGGGAAUGCUUUAUAAAUAAGGUCUACGUUGUCUUCAUCCCGGCACACUCAUCGCACGUCUUACAGGU